UUAAAAGCCCAAUUUAGACUAAUAAAUGGGCCGCCUAGAGAUAUGGGCCCACAAAUUGGGCAUGUUCUUCUGCUUCCUCUCGUUUCCGCUAGCACCAACGCCCAAACCUCUUCGGCCGCCGCCAUGUUCAACCGACCGCCGCCGCUCCUUGUCCCGGCCGGAAUAUCUCUACGGAAGAUUCUAUAAUAACACUAAAUGAGAACGACUUCGAGAUCAUAAAGUUUCUGUCUUUCGCCCAAAAAAAAAAUCAAAGCCUGAAGCUUGGUGUUGCCUUAAUGAGGCUAUGUACAAAAAAUAAAAGAGUAAUGUUCUUUCUUGAUGAAUAGUAGUUGCUACUCGCUGCCCAUGGAUUCCUCUACGCAUCCGCAUUUCGGUGUAAAAAUCGUUUGAUUUUGUGUUUAUUUAAAAUGAUACAAAAGAUAAGGAUUUAAUAUUGAAUAAAUAUUUCACAAGGUGCAUAUGGGACAUGUUGAUCUAAUUAUUAUCUUCUUUUUUCUUUUUUUUUUAGAUGUAUUUCUUCCAAGAUGGUCUUCUAGCUACAUGUUUCAUUUUCUGAAUAAAGAAAAAAACAAGUUGGCAAAAAACCAUAUGUUAAAAAAAAAAUCAUAGAUACAACCGACGAAACCCAAAACUGAUAUCUCUUUUUCAGCCGCAAAUAUACAUAUUAUAUAUAUAUAUAUAUAUGCCUACAUGCACCUCAUUACAACCUCAUUAGAGAGAUGGUUAAAAUUAGCACGCCUUCUCCGCUGCAGUUCCAGCGAACCGUCUCCGCUGACGUGGCAAAUGCCGCUGUGAGUUCCGGCCACUGUCACAUCCACAAGCAGCCCCUGCCGCCGUUGACGCGAGUGUGCCUCGCGCGUGCUUUGAACGUCCCCGAACACGUGGCGUUCCGUCACAAGCGAGCGGUUAGCCCCACGCAGUGCUACUCCGUCGUGGAGACUGAGAUCCACGCGCCGGCGUCGGCCGUGUGGGCCAUCCUCCGUCGCUUCGAUAGCCCUCAGUCGUACAAGCACUUCGUACGGAGCUGCCACGUGGUGCUGGGCGACGGCGUCCGCGUGGGAUCCGUGCGGGAAGUUCGCGUCGUGUCGGGACUGCCCGCGGGGUUCAGCGUCGAGAGGCUCGAGAUCCUGGACGAGGAGCGCCACGUCAUCAGCUUCAGCGUCGUCGGUGGGGACCACAGGCUCGAGAACUACAGGUCGGUGACGACGGUGCACGAGUCGCCGGACGGGAAGGUGACACGUGUCGUCGAGUCAUACAUCGUCGACGUGCCCGUCGGUAACACAAAGGAAGAGACUUGCAGCUUCGUCGAUACCAUCGUACGGUGCAACUUGCAGUCGUUGGCUCGGCUCGCGGAGAACUCGCCGAAGACUGCGCAAAAAACCUCGUAAUUAAAAUUUUCUUUCUUUGAACUUUUUUCAAAUAAUUUCAAAUAUUUUGACUUUUUUUUUUUUGAAUUCUCGACACGGGUUCGAACUUCGAAAUCAGUCGAGGGUUCUUGGUAAAACUGAGAUUUAAAAAGAUUGUGAUGUUAGUGCGUUUGUUCGUUUUUCGAAGUUAGGGUUUGGGGGAUUUGUCAAGAAUCAAGAUACGAUGUUGACCCCUCUCCCUUCUUCUUGACCUGUUUGUACGCGUGGUUCUUGAAACUUUACAACAGAGAUCUUUAUUAAGAGGGCUUUAUCAUGUAUUUUCCCCUCAGUUUAUAUAUCUAUUAUCUGUUAACAAGAAAAAGGUUAAUAUCUAACAUCUUUCUUCUUUGAAGUUUUGAACG